AUGAACUUGGUCAGGCAGCGCUUGACAGGUGUGUUGGUGAGCGGCUCAAUGGAACCCGGCCACUCCCUCUUGGAUUCAGUGAUGCACAUGGUGGAUAAGAAUCAGUUGAAGUAUUUGCCUCCUGAACGCUGUGUCUCAAGGGUUCACGAACUCACGUCUUUGAAGGCACCAGACCGUAUGCUUGACAUUGAGGCGAACAAGAUCGUGGUCAAGGAUAAAGAUGAGAAGCUCGAGGUUCCGGCGCACACUUCUUUGCAGGUCUUGGAGGCCAUGAAACGUCGUGGCAUCGCCUUAGACUUCGGAGAUUGCAUGGGUUUUGUGGAACAUGACGCAUACGUUCAAGCCCUUUUUGCGCAUUUGCAUCGUGAACCACCUCCCGGUUACCAACGUUGCACAGUCGCUCAAUUGGUCAGUGCUGAUAAAGAGGCUUGGAGGAAAGUGAUUGAGUUGAAUGUGAAACCCAAGAGGGAUCAUACGGGGGCUAGACCCCUGGACCAUCAGCUGAUGGCUGCGCUCACGUCAUAUGAGGUUUCGUUCACCCUGAUUCCCUUGCCCAUGAAGGCCAAACAGGACACAAAAGAACGAGGUGCAGGAUCGGAACGUCCAGGUGGUGGCAAGGGCUUCGAUUCCAAAGGAGCAGGAAAAGGUCUCGUCAGGCAAGUUCAUCGCUGGGCCAAGGCCUUUGAGGAACGAGCUUCAUCCGGACGGACUUUGUAA